GAAAGCCUUAACCGACAGGCGAUACCCACGGCACGGGCCCACUUGGCUGCUUUUUCAAGCUACACGCCAAUCCAACGCUAUUACGCAACGAUUAGCCAAACAGAUCAAUCAUCUUCUACUUCUUCGUAUAGGCCGCGGGAUCCCGAAUCCCAAUCCAUAGUCGCCACCGUCGCCGGCUACAGGGUUCGGUCCCCGUGAUGGAGCCCUCGUCAACCUCCUCCUCGCCGGCUGUGGAGCGCCGGUUGUCGCCGGAGGUAAGGAGGGUGCGGAAGCGGGAGCUGAAGGAGGCACUGGAGCAGGUCCAGCGGGCGGUUGAGAUGCUGCGCGAUGCCGACGCCGAUCUCGGCGUCUCUCUCUCGGAGGAGACCACAGCAGCUCCGCCGGAGGGCGAGGACCGCGAGGCCGAUGUCGGUGCCAAUGGAUAUGGGGCGGAGACGUCGUCGGUUGCGAGUGACUCCGAUUACGAGACGGCCCAGAUGUGUGAUCUUCUUAAAUCUAAGGUUGGAUCGCUCGAGUUCCUUCAAAAGCUCAAUGGUAUUCAGAAGUCAGUAGGUCAGAAUGGUGCAGUUGAACCUGAUACAUCAUGGGAUAUAAUAACGUCAGUGGAUUUAUGGGAAGAUGGUGGCUCAGAUGAUGGAUAUGUACUGGUUAAGCAGGAGGAUGUGGUUGAUGGGAUGACUUCCUUUAUGGCUGCAUGCUUGGUGUCAAUUAAAAAGACCAAGGACCUGCCCCCUGAUCAACUUCAAAAAGUGCUUAGGAAGACGUUUUCAGCUGAAAAGAAGAAAAGUAAAAUCCGGAAGGCAUGGGAUGGAACUAAAGUUGUUUAUAAUGUUGCUUCAUGGGGCGCCACUGCUGUUGGGGUCUACAAUAAUCGAGCACUACUUACGGUCGCAACUACAGUGUUUCAGACUUCCUGCCGUGUGAUAUCCAAGUUCCUUUAAAUAUUGUGGCAACUACUAGAGUAUGUUAGAAUUGUUUGCGUGUGUGCUUUUCCAUUGUUUAGGCAGCAUAAAGCUUGAGAUCAUUUGUUUAGUCUAUGCUAAUGAGUUCGACUGCUAAUUAGCAGCGCCUCCCAGUCCAAAACAGCAUGUGUAAUGUAUAACUGUAAAUAUUGCCUUAAUUUGAACAAACUUGUUCUUUUUGCCAGAACUUUAUUUUGGUAAUCCGAAAUGAUUAGUUUGUACUA